GUAGCCAGAGAGCGAGCCCCUGCGCCGGCCCGCGCCGCUCCGCCAGCCCCUCCGCCGCCGGCCGAGCGCCAUGGGGGGCGGCGGCGAGCGCCGGGCGCUGUGGCUGGCGGUGCUGUGGCUGUGGUUGCCCGGGCGGUGUGGCGGCGCCAUGGACGAGUGCACGGAGGAGCGGACCGGCCGUCCGCAGCGCUGCAUGCCCGAGUUCGUCAACGCCGCUUUCAACGCCACGGUGCUGGCCACACACACGUGCGGGACGCCGGCCGAGGAGUACUGCGUGCAGACCGGCGUCACUGGCGUCACCCAGUCCUGCCACCUCUGCGACGCCGCCCAGCCCCACCUGCAGCACGGCGCCGCCUUCCUCACCGACUACAACAGCCCCGCCGAUGCCACCUGGUGGCAGAGCCGCACCAUGCUGGCCGGCGUGCAGCACCCCGCCGCCGUUAACCUCACCCUGCAUCUGGGAAAAGCCUUCGACAUCACAUACGUGCGUCUGAAGUUUCAUACCAGUAGGCCAGAGAGCUUUGCAAUCUACAAACGCACCCAGGAAGAUGGCCCAUGGGUGCCCUACCAGUAUUACAGUGGCUCCUGUGAAAGCACAUAUCACAAAGUCAAUCGUGGCUUUAUUCGCACUGGAGAGGAUGAGCAGCAGGCACUCUGUACAGAUGAGUUCAGUGACAUCUCCCCCCUCACUGGGGGCAAUGUGGCAUUCUCAACACUGGAGGGGCGUCCCAGUGCCUAUAACUUUGAUAACAGCCCCGUGCUGCAGGAAUGGGUGACAGCUACAGAUAUUAGAGUGACCCUCAAUCGUCUGAAUACAUUUGGAGAUGAAGUUUUCAAUGACCCGAAAGUUCUCAAGUCGUAUUACUACGCAAUUUCUGAUUUUGCUGUGGGUGGUAGAUGCAAAUGUAAUGGGCAUGCAAGUGAGUGCAUGAAGAACGAGCUUGGGAAGCUGGUUUGCAACUGCAAGCAUAACACCUUUGGAGUCGACUGUGAAAAGUGUCUUCCUUUCUUCAAUGACCGUCCAUGGAGGAGAGCAACAGCAGAGAGUGCCAAUGAAUGUUUGCCUUGUGACUGCAACGGGAGGUCACAGGAGUGCUACUUUGACCCUGAGCUGUACCGCUCGACGGGCCACGGGGGCCACUGCACUGGCUGCUCGGAUAACACCGAUGGUGCCCACUGUGAAAGGUGCAGGGACAGCUUCUAUCGACUAGGGAGCGAGGAGGGAUGUCUGCCCUGCAGUUGCAACCCAGUUGGGUCCCUCAGCACACAGUGUGAUAGCUACGGCCAGUGCAGCUGCAAACCUGGCGUGAUGGGUGAUAAGUGUGACCGGUGUCAGCCAGGUUUCCACUCCAUCUCUGAAGCUGGGUGCAGGCCUUGUUCUUGUAACCUGGCUGGCAGCACAGGGGAAUGCAAUGUUGAGACAGGGCGGUGUACGUGCAAGGAAAAUGUUGAAGGCUUUCACUGCGAGAGAUGCAAACCUGGAUUUUUCAAUCUGGAUUCCUCCAAUCCAAGGGGCUGUACUCCUUGCUUCUGUUUUGGCCACUCUUCAGUCUGCACCAAUGCCAUUGGCUACAGUAUCUACAGCAUCACCUCCAGCUUCCAGUUUGGAGAGGAUGAGUGGCGUGCUGAGCAGCGUGAUGGCUCGGAAGUGUUACUCCAGUGGAGCGCGGAGACCCAGGAUGUAUCUGUUAUCUCAGACAGCUACUUCCCCAUAUAUUUUGUUGCACCACGAAAGUUCUUGGGCAACCAGGUUUUGAGUUACGGGCAAAACCUGACCUUCUCCUUCCGCGUGGAUAAACGGGACACACGCCUCUCAGCAGAGGAUGUGGUGCUGGAAGGAGCUGGGCUAAGAGUGUCAGUGCCACUCAUUGCCCAGGGCAACCCUUACCCCAGUGAGAACACGCUGAUCUACACCUUCAGGCUCCAUGAGGCUACAGAUUACCCAUGGAGGCCUGCUCUUACGGCAUUUGACUUCCAGAAGCUUCUCCACAACUUGACUUCCAUCAAGAUCCGUGGGACAUACAGUGAGAGAAGUGCCGGCCACCUGGAUGAUGUUACUAUUACAAGUGCUCGUCCUGGACCUGGUGUGCCUGUGACCUGGGUGGAGAGCUGCUCCUGUCCAGCAGGAUACGAGGGACAGUUCUGUGAGCGCUGCUCCUCUGGGUACCGGCGAGAGACACCAAGCCUUGGGCCCUACAGCCCCUGUGUGCCUUGCACGUGCAAUGGGCACAGUGAGACAUGCGAACCAGAGACGGGCAUGUGCAAUUGCAGAGAUAACACGGCAGGGCCUCACUGUGAGAAGUGCACUGAUGGGUAUUAUGGAGAUGCAACAGCGGGCACAGCCUCAGACUGCCAGCCCUGCCCGUGCCCAGGUGGCUCCAGCUGUGCCAUCGUGCCCCGCACAAAGGAAGUUGUGUGCACCAGCUGCCAAGCUGGCACUACAGGCAAGAGGUGCGAGCUGUGUGAUGAUGCCUAUUUUGGAGACCCACUGGGUGAAAAUGGUGCUGUGAGGCCUUGCCGCCUCUGCCAGUGCAACGAUAACAUUGAUCCCAAUGCAGUGGGGAACUGCGAUCGCCAGACAGGCGAGUGUCUCAAGUGCAUCUACAACACUGCUGGUUUCUACUGUGACCGCUGCAAAGACGGCUUCUUUGGAAACCCCCUGGCCCCUGAUCCUGCUGACAAGUGCAGAGCUUGUCACUGCAAUCCAUAUGGCACUGUGAAUCAGCAGACGAGUUGCAAUCAGGUGACUGGGCAGUGUGAGUGCCUGUCUCAUGUCACAGGGAGGGACUGCAGUGCCUGUGAGCCUGGCUUCUUCAACCUCCAGAGUGGACGUGGCUGUGAGAGGUGCAACUGCCACGCACUGGGCUCCACCAAUGGCCAGUGUGACAUCCGAACUGGGCAGUGUGAGUGCCAGCCUGGCGUCACCGGCCAGCGUUGCGACAGAUGUGAGGUCAACCACUUUGGCUUUGGCUCUGAAGGCUGUAAACCCUGUGACUGUGAUCCUGAGGGUUCACGCUCCCUUCAGUGCCAGGAGAACGGUCAUUGCGAAUGCAAGGAGGGCUUUGUGGGAAACCGCUGCGACCAGUGUGAGGAGAACUACUUCUACAACCGCUCCUGGCCAGGCUGUCAAGAGUGUCCAGCCUGCUACAGAUUAGUGAAAGAUAAGGUAGUGGAGCAGCGUGAAAGGUUGCAGGAGCUGGAAAACCUUAUAGCAAAUCUGGGUACAGGAGAAGAAACUGUAACGGAUCAAGCCUUUGAAGAGAGAUUGAAGCAGGCAGAAAGAGAUGUUAUGGAGUUGCUCCAGGAAGCACAGAACAGCAAAGAUGUAGAUCAGGGUCUCAUGGAUCGUCUCAAAGACAUUAACAGCACGCUAACGAGCCAACUCAACAGGCUGAGGAACAUCCAGGGCACAGUGCGGGAGACAGAAAAUCUGGCAGAGCAAGCCAGGGUGCGGGUGGAGGACACUGAGGACCUGAUAAGCUUAGCUUCUGAUAUGCUUGAGAAGGCAAAGAUGGCAGCUGACAAUGUGUCCAUUACACCUCCAGAGUCAAGUGGGGACCCUAACAACAUGACCCUAUUGGCAGAAGAGGCCCGUAAGCUGGCUGAAAGACACAAAAAAGAAGCUGAUGAGAUUGUUCGCAUAGCUAAGGCCGCAAAUGAUACUUCCACAGAAGCAUAUCAGCUGCUGCUGAAGACCCUGGCUGGUGAAAACCAAACUGCAAAUGACAUUGAUGAGCUCAACCAGAAGUAUAAUCAGGCAAGGAACAUUUCUCGAGACCUAGAGAAGCAGGCCAGCAAAGUGCUUGCAGAGGCAGAGGAAGCUGGAAACAGAGCCUUGCAGAUCUACGCUAAUCUCACCAGUCUACCUACUGUGGAUUCCACAGGGCUAGAGAAUGAAGCAAAUAAGAUCAAGAAGGAAGCAGAGGAGUUAGAUCAGCUAAUUGCCAGGAAGCUAAAAGAUUAUGAGGAUUUGAGAGAAGACAUGAAAGGGAAGGAGCUGGAAGUAAAGAACCUCUUGGAGAAAGGAAAGACGGAGCAGCAGACUGCAGACCAGCUUUUGGCUCGAGCAGAUGCAGCAAAAGCCCUGGCUGAAGAAGCUGCUCGGAAGGGCAAUGGCACACUGCAGGAGGCUAAUACCAUUCUCAGCAACCUGAAAGAUUUUGAUAAGCGGGUGAAUGAUAAUAAGACGGCAGCUGAGGAGGCUCUGAAAAAGAUUCCUGCCAUUACCCAGACCAUUGCUGAAGCCAACAAUAAAACACGCCAGGCAGAGCUGGCGCUUGGCAGUGCUGCUGCUGAUGCCCGUGAAGCCAAGGCUAAAGCAAAUGAUGCUGAGAAAAUCGCUGGUACUGUUCAGAAGAAUGCUGCUGCUACCAAAGCUGAAGCUGACAGGACUUUCGCUGAUGUGACGGGGCUGGCCAGGGAAGUGGAUGACAUGAUGAAGCAACUACAGGAUGCAGAAAAAGAGCUGAAGCAGAAGCAAGAUGAUGCUGAGCAGGAUAUGAUGAUGGCAGGCAUGGCCUCACAGGCUGCCCAGGAGGCAGAAGACAACGCAAGGAAAGCAAAGAACUCUGUGAACAGUUUGCUUUCUGUCAUUAAUGAUCUGCUGGAUCAGUUAGGGCAACUGGAGACGGUGGACUUGAACAAACUGAAUGAAAUUGAGGGUACCCUGAACAGUGCCAAAGACCAGAUGAAAGAUAGUGACCUGGACCAGAAAGUGUCUUUUCUUGAAAGAGAAGCCAGGAAGCAAGAUGAUGCAAUACAGGCUUACAACAGGGACAUUGAAGAGAUCCUGAAGGACAUUAGCAACCUGGAAGACAUCAAGAAGACUUUGCCAUCUGGCUGUUUUAACACCCCGUCCAUUGAAAAACCCUAAGGGUGCACUGGGGGUGGGGGGUAUUCCUCUGGUGAGCGGUGGAGCGGUGGUUUGGCUAUGGAGUGCCUUAACACACAUUACCUUCUUCCAAUACCCAACUCUUUGCUGCUCGCAGCCGCUGUUUUCUUUUCAAAUCAGGAUAAGUUGAAAGAUUAUUUUUUUUUUAUUUUUGAGAAGCAAAUUAAAUAUCCGUCUUUGGGCAUCAAAGGGCUUUUUUUAUAUAGAUUGUUUUCCUGAGCACUCCGCCUUUGCCCCUUUCUCAGACAGUUUCCCUUUGAUUAGUGCAAGGAUGAGAGAUGCUCUGGACUCUUUAUACUGUGGUUCAGAAAUAACAUUUGAGCUGUAUACAGCAAGGCAAAACUAACCCCACUUUCUCUCCUCUCUUCUCCCCUCGACUGUAAAGUCCUUGGUCCCAGAGCUCUCUGUCCCUAUGAAGGAAGGGGAUGGCUACCAAAGUAUUACUGUAAUGGCCAGUAUAGCUGCACUCAUUCACAUCCCUCUUCCCACCUUCUAACCCUGUGAAUUUUUUUUAUUGAUAACUAGUGGCCAAUCUGACAGCAUUGGUAGCCUUUGACAAAAUAGCUGAAGCCUCUUUCUGAAAUGCUUUCUGUGAUGAUGCAUCGCUCUGAGAAAAACAGCCUCUGAGAGGAGGUUUUUUGGGAAGAUGGGAUACUGGUGGAGUGGUAGGUCUUUACUGGGGGAGUGAUAGGUCUUGCCUUCCCCACUCCUGGUGUGGGGAGAAGUUCUGAGUCUGGUCUGUAAGCAACUACCUGCUGGGUAGUCUAGGCUUGGGAGUGUGGGCGCCAUGAGCUGUGUUCCCAUCUGUAGGUGUUGCUACUGAAUUACCAGAGGAUCUGUUUUUCUGGGCUAUGAAUGUCUGAUUGACAGAUUACUUAGUUCAAGCAGGAAAAGGCUUACUGAAGAGGAGAGCUGCCAUCAGAGAGCUGCAACAGCUGCACUGGCCUUCAUGCUGAAUGUCUUUGGGUGGGGAAGGAAUAGGGCAUGCAAGUGGAAAUGAAAAGGUCUUUCUCCCCAUCUUUUUCCUGAAGGACAGUGGCAUUUUUGUCUCUUGGCAUUGCUCUUACUUUUUCCCUGCUUUUAAGCUGGCAGAAAGAGCUGGAGUUUACCAAUGCCCUUCUUUCUUUUUGUCUACUGAUCUCCCAGUCACCGUAAAGCCACCACAGCACAGGGACUUCAGGCCAGGCUCAGGUGGCAGGUCUGCCUUUCACACCGCUACCGUUGCCUCCCCAGCAGGCUCCCUCCCUAGGUAGUGCCUCCCAGCUGCUUACUGGUGCUGGGUGGGAGCAGCGGGGAGCCCCUCACUCCUUCUCUGGCCCUCCUCUUGAGAUGAGAGCAUUCUCUGUGGCUUCCUUUUUGUCUCCAGCCUGGCAUCCCUCCCCCCUUCCGUGAGAUCCAGUAUAUAUCUAUCCUUAAACACUAUGCAACUUUGUACGUUUGCGUAGCGGGGAAGAAAUUAUUAUCUGACACACACUGGUGCUAUUAAUUAUUUCAAAUUUAUAUUUUUUGUGUGAAUGUGAUUUAUUUUUUUUUCCGUUUUUAUCAUGAUUAUAGUGUGAGGAAGUCUCUCGUGUGUGUGUAUGUGUGUGUAAAUAUACUCAGCCAUAUUUCCAGAGUGGCACAGCCUGGCCUCCUCUAUGUUCUUUCCCUUAUAGCCACUGGGGUGCGUGCACUGUAUUAUCGCUCCUGCCCAUGUUAUUCCCUUAGAAUUCAGUGUUUCUUCUAGCUGAGCUCCUGCAUUCUUAACUCUCCUGUAUCCUCAGCACCCAUAGGGGCAUCAGCAAUAACAACUUUGCCUGUAGGGUGGAUGAUUUCUAGCCCUCCCUCCAAAGCCAUCCUUGAUGCAUGGUGCACCCUGUUCUGUGUCCCUUGUCCCCAGGGUUGCUGUGCCAGGAGCAGAGCAGGGGUUCUGGCUUUGCAGCUGGGCUUGUAAGGAGCUGUAGCACUGUUGGGAGACCAGACCCAGUAUUGAGGUAGUCGGAGAGCUGGAUCUGGGGAUAUCUUGAUACCACUGUGUGAUGCAGGAGGCUUUGUGCACCCUUGGGAAGGGCGCUGCUGGGCAGGGGUUGUUCCUAGCAAACCCCACAUUGCUCUUGUACCCCUUAUCUUAAAGAUUCUUAGAGCUUAACAGCUAGGGAUUUCCCCCUGCCUGCAAACAUACCUAAUACCUGGAGGAGAGCUUACCUGUGCUUACCCACGUGUGGGACACUGAGGUCAGUGUCUUGGCUGGCUGCUCUUGUCAUAUGGCUGGUUGUAACCGUGUCACCUCUCUGCCAAGGCUGUGAGAAGAGCAGGUGCGAAGAUGCACGCAUGCCCUGGCUGACCUCAGGCCUAAGGUUUCCUGCUUUCUUCUCUUACCUUUUUUCCCCCCUUAAGCUGUUUUUAACAGAAUUUUAUUUUUAAAAAAAUAAAAAUCUUUAUAAGCGAUCUCUUAAUCACUACUGCAUUACAGCCAUUAUUCAGUGUAUAAGUCCAGUUAUUUCUUUACGUAAUGUGAUGAUGCAACAGCUGCUGGUGGAGUGCUGGAUGUCAUGGGCAACGUGUGACAGUCCCUUCAUCACCUUAUUCCUGACUGUGGCCCCCUCAGUAUGUGCCUUCACUCCAGCUUUUUGCCUUAAUCUGUGGUCUUGCUGUCUGGGGCGGUGAACAAAAUGCAACACUUGCAGUUUUUAUGUAUAAAACAGUAUUUCUUAUUUAUAAUAAAGUCUGAAUAUUUGUAACCCCUUA